UGAAGACAUAGAAUAUAGGCUCAUUACUGUGGCAAGGAUUUAUAAUGUAUUGUUAUAGUUGAUCCCUAAUGUUCCCUUUUUAAAUACAGUAUGUGGAUAAAGUAUUCUUAUUUUUCCUUUUUUCACUAGAAAAAAAUAUACCCUUGAUCUACAUGAUAAUUUAGUUAAAUGUCACAAUGUGUGACAAUAUUGUCUGGAGCCUCAUACAUAGCUACAAAUGAUCACACCUUAUCUUCACACAGUGUCCAGUUACCCUUGUUUUAUAUGUGUUUUCUGUCUUCUGUUUCUAUGUUGCUGUUAUUCAUAAGUAAAUGAAGUGAAAGGUUUCUUGCAGAUUCACAGGGAAGUACAUGGAAGAAUCAAUGUAUGGUCAACGCUAACCUAAAGUAACCUCUCCUGCUUGUCAACCUCAUAGCUUUUGCCUACUGUUAACACAUAACCUGUCAGUGUACACUGAAAACACACCGAGCCACAGUGAUUUGAUUAGAUCUUUCAGAACUUUUCAAAUAUAAUUUAAAAUAUAGCACCAGACAUUACCGGUAAGUGCUGUAAUUCUUUCUGUUGUAACCGAGAAAAAACAUUCAUCAGUAGCACCCAAAAGCACCUUACAGUGGAUCUCAUUGUUAUUGUACAUUACAUGAGUUUUGAUUACACAACCACAAUGAGCGCAGUAAAACAUGUGCAUUUCCUUUUGAAAGGAUGAGUAUUUCGGGGACGUCUGUGGGUGUAAGUUGGAUAAUUUGAGCACUGCUGAGCUGCGCCUGGUGUGUGUUUGUUCCCUUUCUGUGUAGGGGCCACUGUUGCAAUGCAGGUGACCUCCACAGGCCCUCAAACCAUCCAGAAGGCACAAGGAGAUAAUGUAACCCUGGGAUGCGAAUACACAGUGGGGCCCUCUGACAUCGGGGAACUGGACAUUGAGUGGUCCAGCGUGAGUCCGGACACAACUCAGAAGGACGAGCUGAUUAUAUCAUUUACCGGCAACCAGAAGUAUACACAUGGCACCUUGGCCCUGGCAGAGGGUGUGGACUUCACCGCCACCGACCCCUCCAAGGGUGAUGCCUCUGUCACCAUCUCUUCGCUGACCAGCGCCCACACAGGGACCUAUCAGUGCAAAGUGAGGAAGGGUCCAGGGGUGGACAUGCGCAAGGUCACACUGGUGGUACUCGUGCGGCCAUCAGCACCUAAGUGUUGGAUGGAGGGCAGUGAGACAGUAGGGGGCGCUAUCUCCCUGCACUGCAAGUCAUCUGAAGGCACCACCCCAAUUACCUACGUUUGGAAGAAAGGGAGUGCUGGGGUUCUUCCCCCCAACGUCACACAAAACAGUGUGACGGGAGAGCUGCUCAUCGCCAACCACUCUGAAAGCUCAGAGGGCACAUACCAGUGUGAGGCGCAGAACGCUGUGGGAACCUCUCGCUGCCGCUUCAUCCUGCACGUCGUCAGGCCCCCUAACAAGUCUGGUGUGAUCGUGGGCAUUGUUGUUGGGGUCUUCCUGCUCGUGAUCCUGCUUCUGAUGUUCAUCUGGUUCCUGUUCUGUCUGUGGGACAAGAGACGCUAUCAGAAGAAGGUGGCCAAUGAGAUCAGGGAAGAUGCCACAGCUCACUUGAGUCGAACCCCGAGCCGCUUCUCUGGACGCCGUUCUAUGGCAGCCUACAGCUCCGUGAGAUCCACUACCUCCCGUGCAUCUGGACGCAGGUCUCCGGACUCCUGGUUGCUCGGGGCGGGACCUGAAAACAGAUACAGCUACCCAGGCUAAAAGCACCACCUCUGGGGGGGUGGGGCUGAAAGGGUUACCAAGGUUCCAAUCAUCAGAAAUGAGCGGGCUCUAAUGGCAUGCCUUGUGUGGUUUACAUUUGGUUAAUAUGUCAUUACUAGUGCGUCACAGGAUAUGAAAGUACGCACUCUGUGGGUGUUAUGUAUUUGCACACAGGCGCAUGCGUGCGUGUGUGUGUGUGUGUGUGUGUGUGUGUGUGUGUGUGUGCGCACCAGCAUGUGCAUCUGCAGGCGCAAGAGGCAAAAUGGAGAACUGAGACUCAAGGAAUGUUUACUAGAAAAUCCCAGAAGAACUGACCGGCAGUUGUGUCUGGUUUCAGUCUGAAAAGCUCCACUUUCCACCCAACUAAGGGCACACAUGAUAAGGCCUCGCUGGGGAGAGCAUCAUGGGUAGUGUGGGCCGGUGGUCUGACCGGCUGGAGGAAGAUCGAGAUGCAGGAAGAGUUGUCUGAGUCUGUAAGAGUGCUGAGAUGUCCUUUCCUUGUAAAGCUGGUGUUCAGUUUGAGUUUUUGUGUCACACUCCCCUGACAAGCCUGCGGCCUGAACCCACACUGGGCUAUGCAACUGCCAUAUAAACUGCGCGCAGGUCUUUUAACUGAUCAAGAAUAAAAAUAUCAGCAUGGUCUGAUACC